AUGCCUGCUGCUAAAGAACAGAACAGACAGCUUACCACGGAAAAACAACCAGCGUUAGACCUUGCUUCCCUACCACCGAUCGACAGCCUCGUCUUGGAUUCUUGCAGCGAGAUCGAAUGGGAACAGACCUGUAGACUUAACGCUGCUGAAUGGAAGGGGUUCCUCUCGUACUCAGACUAUCUAAAUCGGGAGCGAAUUCUCGCAAACACUGAAAUCACUCGAGAAGGAGGUGAUGGUUCACGAGCGAUAUUGGCGUCAUGUGAGACGAACCGUAAGAACGCCUACGUAGCAAAAGAUGGCAAGCUGGAGAAGGUCGUGGCUCAUGGCAUAGGUUCGGUCUACACUCGAUCGGAAUAUCGUGGCAAGGGAUAUGCAGCAAAAAUGCUACAAGAGAUAGGCAGGAAGUUGAAUAGUUAUCAACAGGUUAAGAACAAUAGAGGCCACUUCUCAGUACUGUACUCAGACAUUGGACCUAAAUUCUAUGCUAGGCACGGUUGGAAUCCUUUCGCCAGUACGCAUAUCUGUCUGCAAGCAAUCGACAACCAAGGCGAAUAUUAUCAAAGACUUGCUGAGAUCACGCCACGCCGAGAGACGAAGGACCUUACCAUAGAUGACGUUCACUCUUUGGCACCCUCCUGGGCAGCUCAUCUAGAAUCUCAACUGAUCAACCUGUCGGCCACAAACCCUUCGAAAGCGUAUGUGGCGUUCAAGCCAGAACCAGCACAAUUCGAGUGGCAUUUCAUGCGCGAAGAGUUCCUGGCAGAAAAUCUUGGUAAUAACAAACCUGUCGUCAAAGGAGCCAUCGACACCAAAACCGGCACUGCCGUGGUUUGGGCACGAACCUAUGGCUCAGAUUCUGCUCAGUGGCAUCUUAGCGUACUGUAUACUCACAUCCCGACAGACGCAGACCUUGCUCAGGACGAACUCAGAACAGCCUUGUCAACGUUGAUGUUGCGAGCACAAUGGGAAGCAAAGCAAUGGAACAUGGCUGCAGGAGUUGAGAUCUGGGACCCAAAGGAGCUGGUUGUCGCUGCUGCACAAACUAUUGCUCAUGGUCAGGAUGUCAAGAUCAUCUUGCGUGAUCAGGAACACAUCUGCAGCCUGAGGUGGAAUGGCCCUGAGACUGAUGAGGUCGUGUGGGUAGCUAAUGAGCGUUUCGCGUGGUGUUGA